CCCACCGGCCAGGCCUUUUGGGUUCCAGCCCUCCACCCCCACCCAAGUUGCAGGAUGUCGAUGACAGACUUGCUCAACGCUGAGGACAUCAAGAAGGCAGUGGGGGCCUUUACCGCUGUCGACUCCUUCGACCAUAAAAAGUUCUUCCAAAUGGUUGGCCUAAAGAAAAAGAGCCCGGAUGAUGUAAAGAAGGUGUUCCACAUCCUGGAUAAAGACAAGAGCGGCUUCAUCGAGGAGGAUGAGCUGGGAUUCAUCCUGAAGGGCUUCUCCCCAGAUGCCAGAGACCUGUCUGUGAAAGAAACCAAGACGCUGAUGGCCGCUGGAGACAAGGACGGGGAUGGCAAGAUUGGGGUCGAUGAAUUCUCCUCCCUGGUGGCCGAAAGCUAAGAGGCUCUGACUGCCCCAGGUCCUCCACCUUUCUGCCCCAACCACCCAAUUUCAGAUCCUCUUGAUGCCCUUCCUGUGUUUCUGUCCAGUGUGUUUAUGUUAUUUUUUACUCUCCCCGUCCCCUGUGGCCCUCAAAUGACAUCAUUCUUCUGAAAAAAUGCUGGAGAAAAAAUAAAGGCUGUACCAAUCGGA